UACGUCAUCACUGGGUGUGUUUAACUAGGUCCUCUCUCCUCUCAGUGAGGCAGAACAGAAAGAAGCCGGGACGGUGAACCAGCAGCACACUGCUGGACUCUCUCUGCCGGAAGAGACGUUCUUGGAGUUUCCAUGAAGAGCGACAGGUUUUUGGAUGAACCUGAGGAAGUUUCACCGUCAAUCUUUGUUUUUAGAUUUGGGGAUUUAAGUUCCUUCUUCUACACUUGGACUCUGAGCAACUCAAACGGAGCAGUUGUGUGAAACUGUGUAGUGUCUUCUUCUUCUCUAUCAGAGCAGUUUUACAUUAUAAUUUAAAAGAGGAAACCCGGUUAUUUUUAGAGUACCGAGGAUAUUUUUAAGACUUUUUUGUUGUUGGACCCAGAGGUUUUUUUUCGAGCCCCUCUCCUUCCACAGGGUGGUCAGCAGAUCCUCUAGGGACUUGCCACUAAGACAGAGGAGACACUUGUUGUGGUGGUGACUGAGCUGACCUCUGGACACUUUGCACGUCCUCGGACGUACCAAAAGACCAUGCUGUACCUAAAGAAAUACUUCACAGAGGGCCUCAUCCAGAUGGCCAUCCUGCUCAGCCUGGUUGGAGUGAGGGUUGAUGUGGGACUGGAGCCUUACCUGCCUCCUUCCUUGCACGAGAUGAUCCUGGGUCCGACCUCGGUGCUGACCCAGACGCAGUUCCACAACCUCCGCAACCGCCUGGAGGACGGCCAAGACCUGCACCCCAAGAGUGUGGACCUGGACGGGUUCUUCACGGCACGAAGGCUGCUGGGCUUUGUCCGCUCUCUGGACAGACUACAGGUUCCUCAGGCAGAACUGGAGACAUGGCUGGUGCAGCGGGAGCCAGAUCCUCUCCCCAUGGGACGUCCAGACCAGUCCUCCCCACUGGAGAGAGCACCUGCUGGGGUAGAACGAGACCGAACCGCCCCGCCUGUGGAAUCCAGAGCUGGCCUCGGUACCCUGCAGGAAGAAGAGGAGGAGAAAGAGGAAGGAACGCAUCAUGUACUUCAUCACAGCGGUGCUCUGGAGGAGAGAAGAGAGGAAGAGGAGGAGGAGGAAGACCUGGGCAAGAGCACAGAUGGAAGAGGAAGACUAGGAGGUUCCCAACGCCGUACUGACAACAGGGAGCUAACUCAGAAUGAAGUAGACCAGACUUCUUUGUCCCUCCAGGAGUGUUUGAGGCUGUUGGAGGAAACCUUUCCCUUAACAGAAGAACAACAGUUGUGUGAUGUUACCGGUAGAAGGGGAGAUCUGGAGCGUCAGCCAUCAGGCAGGGAACCCCUGCUGUCCCCUAUCAUCCCCACCGGUAACCCUUCCUCAGACCUGGAGCUCCACUGGCAGGACCUGCUGGCCAUCAUGGAGCCUGAGGUGACUGGGAGGAUGAAAAACACAGAUGUUGACAUGAUGACUUCAUUUGACCACACCCAGAACUCAAGAGCUGCCGGGACCCUUCAGGGUGUCGGGUCUGAAACUCUACACCAAAACUGUAACAACCAUGACAACAGCGUAACGGAGGCUGAUCAGGAGGUCUUUUUAAUGGAGACUCCCCCGCAGCACGGUUUGUUGGAUCUUCCAAGGCAGUCGGAGCUAGAGCCGGCCCUGCUUCCACUCAUCCCCAGUGCACAGUUGGACGACCACAGUUCAGCCUUCAACACGAGGGACACUAGUGUGAAUCUUCCUGACAACACACACCUGCUCGCAAAAGACCCGUCAGAAGAUUUCUGCAUGGGACUAAAUGCGGAAGAUAACUCGAGCACCUUUAACUUAAAUCUGCUAACGCAAAGUCUUGUGGACACCAUGGAGGGCAGUCCCAGUUCACAGUAUGCUCACCCCCCUGAAACCCCCCCUACCUUCGAUGUUAGCUUUCAUUCGCGUGACUUGACACCUUACAGUUUCACCCCAUCUCCGGAGGGGAAUGGUAUGACCCGAGACCUUCUGACAUCUCCCUCCAGUGUCUUUCUGGUCGACGAGGAAGAGGAGGAUGUCGAUGAUGAAGAUGGCCUCCCUAGCCCACUCAGUGACCUCUUAGAGGAUGCUGUCAUCUUGGAUGAGAUGAGAUUGUUGGACCUGGCUCUGGAGGAAGGGUUCAGUCCCGAGAUGGCAGCCAAGCUGGAAGAGGAGGGUUUCCUCGACAGUGGAACAGCCCGACAGGAAACGGACAGAGAUGAUGACCACUCAGGCUCCAGCAUGGCGGUCACAGAGAAUCAGCAAGACGGCCAGCACGAGGCAGACUCAGACUCUGGUCUUUCUCUGGACUUCAGCCACAGCCCUGCUUCCCCAUGUGCUUCUGAGGCCUCCUCUUAUUCCUCUUCCUCAACUUCCUCUUCAUCUUGUGUGUCGGCUGUGGGUAGUCCCUUCUGUGAGGACGAGGAUGAGGACGAGGACGAGGACGAGGACGAAGAGGCUGAGGAAGGGUUAGUUUGUUUGGAUAUGGACGUGGAGCUGACCAUAAAGCAGGAGGAGCUGGAAGAGGAGGAGAUGGGUGCAGUAGGAGGAGGGUACCCGGAAGAUGUGAAGAAACCCUUCCCUCCCAACUAUGGCGAUCACAAGCUGUAUAACGGCUUUCCUUGGCUGGAGAAUAUCGGCCACGACCACACGUACAACCAACCCCGGUCAUCCGCCUCCUCUCCAUCCCUGGGCAAGAUGCCCGCCAAGCACACCAAAUCCUCCGUGCGACAUGACAACGCCAAACCUUACCACCGUUCCUCUUCCAGACACAUCUCCGAGACCAAAAUGUGGGGCCGGGAUGAGCGGCGAGCGCGAACCCGGAAGAUCCCUUUCUCCAACGAGCUGAUCGUUAAUCUGCCGGUGGAGGAGUUUAACGACCUCCUGGACAAUUACAAACUCAGCAGCGAGCAGCUCGCGCUCGUCAGGGACAUACGACGCCGCGGUAAGAACAAAAUAGCCGCCCAGAACUGCCGGAAGAGGAAGCUGGACGUGUUGGUGGAACUGGGAGACAGCGUGUCAGGUUUGAGACGGUACCGUUCGCGGCUGCUCCGAGAGAAACAGGAAGCCCUGAGGAACCUGCAGGAAAUGAAGCGUCGACUGGACACGCUGUACCAGGAUGUCUUUUCCACGCUGAGGGACGAGGAGGGGAUGCCGUUGGAUGCCGCUGAGUACCUGCUUCAUUUCGAGUCCAAUGAUAGCGUCACGGUAGCUUCGCGCCAACAAGAGGCGGCGCUGCUGCCACCGACAAAACCCAGCAAGAAACAGAGGGACAAGAAGAAGUGAAAAGGUGGACAAGCAAAGCCAUAUUCUGGCUUCAGGAGGGAGUAUGAUCUGACCACAAAUACAAACAGGGAAUCCUGAUGCGGUGGUGAAUGAAGAAACUUUAUCUGGGGUCAGUGGAAGGUGCUGAAAGGUACCAGGAAAUAUCCCUGACAGUCAUGUUUUUGUUUAAAGACAUUUCUACACUGGAAAAGGACUCAAGUUCAACUAUUGUUGAGCGCAAGUAACUCUGAGGUACAUCUAGGCUACCGACAGAUGACCUGGGACCAGCACUUUAAAAUACUAGUUCAAUGCCUACGCACAACCCUGCUUGAAAAUGCUGAGUCGAACGAUACAACAGACUAAUAGCACGCCGGAUCCUGGCCGUCAGCUGAUACAGCCGAACAAUCGCAGACACCACGAUGCCUGUGGGCCUCUGAGGAAGGGUUGCCAGAAAGCAGGAAGGGAAGUCGUGAUCGUACCCCCCUAUGAGCUGGUCGGGGUGCAUCUCACUCAAAGACAAUCAGUAGGCUCAAGACACGGGGGGUCAUGGGGAUCAAACCUGUGUAUGUAGAGUUGUUCCGAUACCGAUAUCAGCAUCCGAAAUGUGUCCGAUACUGCCCAAAAUUUGGUGUCGAGGAAAAUGUCAGCCAUUUGGAAAUAUUUCAUAGGGAAAAAUCCAACAAGUAAAACGGCGAUAUGUUCAGUAUGUGAGGCGUCCGUUUGGAGGGCUGGCAGUACCCUAGUAGGUUGUAUGAAUAUCACACCCUAAUACAGGACAAAUGAGCAAACAGGCUGUCCACUGAGGAGACAGCUAAGAGAAUGCGGAAUUGUUAUUUAUUCCUAGCUUCAUUACCUCCGCCAAGGCCGAAAGGCCUAGGAAGGGUACAUGGGUACAACAAUACAAGUUGUUAAUGUUUCAAGAUUUGGUAUGUCAAAUGCCCCAAAUACACAUGGAUGUACCUUUAAUUAAUACUGUUAAAAAGGACAGCUUUGGCCUACAAAGAGCAGUAACUCUGGAUUCCAACACUCUCCAAACUCAGGGCUGAUUUCUGAAUUGUUUCAAGCUAGGAUGUCACCCUCUGCUGGUUGUGCACGUAGCUGAGUGAGACACACACUGUAUAGAGAGAUUCGGAUGAAUCUAUUAGUACAAAGGAAUUAAACAUGGUUUGAUGCUAAGAAUGAUAUAUUUACACAUCUGACCUAAAUAUACAUUAUUCUGAGUUGUAGUUGAGAGUCUUCUGUUCCAAUAGUUCUGAUUAAGUCAUGCAGCUAAUAAAUGAUUGUGUUACUGGCAAAGCAAAUUUAGAAUUUCUCAGGAAUGAGCGCAGUCAGAAGAACACGCUACUACUGUGUAGUCAGACCUCAAACAAACACAUUUUGUAAUGUUGCUGGAUUCUUUUUAAGCAAGAAAUAGUCGGCGUUCAGUGUUUCACAUAGUAUCACACUCCUCAUAUUAGAAUACUGUAAAAGAUGCAGUGGAAUGAAACACUGUCUGCCUUCUUUCAUGCUUAGUAUCUCCACCACUGAUGGAACAAGCUUUUAUUAAUUGUUUGUUUGCUGUUUAAGUGUUUUACAUUUUGUGCUUGCUGGUAUUCAAGGACAUGGGACCUUGCUUUCUGUAAUAUUAAAAAAAAACUAAAAAUAAAUUGUAUUUUUUUUGAGUCA